AUGCAACCCACGUCAAUCUCACAACAGAUCUUCAGCCACGCCCAGAAUACCUCGGUUACCAUCGCUUAUCCGCGCAUCCUCCAGCGAAAGCUGAUAUGUGUAAAUCUGCAUGUCCUCAUGUCGGAGCACUUUCUCCGCCCACGCCUUACCAUCCAAGGCCAUCGUCCGAACAACCUCAUCAUGCCCAGUCCCAUUGGUACAUCCAAUGGAACAUUUCAUGAUCCCGUAUAUGUCAAAGUAGGUGGAGUCCUUGGGGACAAAAUGCACCCAGGGAUGAGUCGGCAGUCGUGCUAUUCGUUGUGGAUGGUGGAUUUGAAUGGGAGCGAGGUUGGAAGUAGGAAGCCGCGAUAUCGGCUGUCGAAUGAGUUGCUGUCGAUGCCGGGGAGAUAUUUGUUCGCGUAUUGCUCGCCCAUGGACUAUGGACAUGCCGGGGAUUACCGCGAAAAAUGGAUUUCUGUAGGAACGGUAUGGAUCUGCGCCAUCGAACUUGCAAGGUUCGCCUUCUUCAUCACAGGGGAAGCAGAUUAG